AUGGUCCACCCCGCUUCCACCUGCUGCAAGACCAACGCCGGCGCUGGCUGCGUCUGCGCCGCCCAGGCCAAGUGCUCCUGCGGCAAGGAGAGCGCUCUCCACUGCUCUUGCAACAAGUCUGCCACUGAGAACGCCACCGCCGGUCCCCGCUGCUCAUGCCGCUCUCGCCCCGCUGGCCAAUGCACCUGCGAGCGCUCCGUCACCGAGAACUCGCCCGUUCAGGGUGAUGCUUGCGCCUGUGGCAGCCGUCCCUCUGCAUCCUGCACCUGCGAGAAGGCCGAGGGUAUCGAGUCUGCCCUGGAGGUUGACUUCACCACCCGCUCUUAA